UGCGGAAGUCACAGUUCCGUUCAGUUUAGUCUUGUGGUAGUCGCAGUCAGAAGAACGGUCACACGCUUUCACAGCUCAACACCUCAACUAAACCGGCUUUGCCUAAUCCACAAAAAGGAGAAUCAUGAGCAGCAACUUCAAUGUCUCCCUGGUUGGCCCUGGCCCCUGGGGCUUCAGGCUGCAGGGUGGAAAGGACUUCUGUCUACCCCUCACGAUCUCACGGCUGACCGACGGGGGCAAGGCAGCCAAAGCCAACAUCAGUGUGGGAGAUGUAGUUCUGUCCAUCGAUGGUGUUGCCACUAAUGGAAUGAACCACCUGGAGGCCCAGAACAAGAUCAAAGCCUGCAUAGGCAACCUCAACCUCACCCUGCAGAAAGCUUCCAGUGUUCCCAAGGUUGAGACGCCAAAGGACAAACCACAGGAGAUCAUUAAGCCCGUGCCAAUCACCCACCCUGCCACCCCUCCCACCUUCACCAGCCCCUCCCCACAAUCGGGUGCUGCCUACAACAAGACGGCCCGCCCCUUUGGCGGGGACAGCAAUACGGGUGCGGUCGCUUCCUCCCUGGUGGCUCCGAAGGUGGCCUCCAUCCCUUCAGCUUCUUCUGCUUUCACCCCCGCUGCCCCCUCCUCCCAGCAGCCCCAGCCUCCCUUCCCAUUGGCUAGCCGCUCCCGCUCACCAGCCCCACCCAGCUUAGCCCCGCCCAGCUCCACCCAACCCUCCCCAGCCCCGCCCGGCUCCACCCAAUCUUCCUCAGCCGCACCUCCCAAACCCAACUCUGGCCGCUCCCCCUUCAGCACCCCUUCCUCCUCCACGUCAUCCUCCCCGGCCAGAGUGACAGCCCCCUCCUCCAAUCCCGGUGCUCUGCAGUCAUCCUGCUAUAACACGCCCAUCCACCUGUACUCCAACGCCAAUGCCUGCGAGGUGGCGAUUGGACAGAGGCGUGGCCUAUUGGAAGCCCAUGGUGUGUCGGUUGACCCGGUCAAAGAGCCGCUGAAUGGUGUAGCUGCUGUUUCUGAUAGUGGGCCUCCCAGAAUUCUUAAAGUCCCCCCAAAGACUGCCCCCCGGAGGAACAGGAUGGAACCAGAGCUGACCCAUCCCUCACCCCUCAGCGAGGCCAGUAAGAAGCGUCUGAUUGAGGACACGGAGGACUGGCACCCUCGUACUGGCACCUCUCAGUCCAGGUCCUUCCGGAUCCUGGCUCAGAUCACCGGCACGGAGAAUGACCAAGCCCAGGAGAACAACCCUGUAAAGAAUGAGGUCGUUGAGGAGGCCCUGCCCGCUGCCCACAACACAACAUCAGUGAAGACCAUGGUCAAAGCCCCUGCAGGCCCCAGGAAUGGCAACAGUGUCCCACCGCCCACGUUUAAGACACCCCCGGCCCAUGGUAAACCCUCCUGGCCGGCUGGAGGAGGUCCCGCAGGUCCUAAAGGUGGAGUGGCGCCCUCUUAUGGCCUAAUCAGCAACGCUGCACCGGUACCCAAAGGUCCUGACCGACCCACACCCCAGGCUCACCCCAAGGACCAGGAUACGUUGGUGCAGCGGGCCGAACAUAUCGCCGCAGGGACACGCACACCCAUGUGUGGCCACUGUGAUAAGGUCAUUAGGGGUCCAUUCCUGGUGGCCAUGGGCAUGUCCUGGCACCCUGAGGAGUUCAACUGUUCCCACUGCCGCACGUCUCUGGUGGAGUCAGGCUUUGUGGAGGAGAGGGGGACUGUGUACUGUGCACACUGCUAUGAGGAGUUCUUUGCUCCUACCUGCACCGGCUGCAAGCAGAAGGUCUUGGGGGAAGUCAUCAAUGCCCUGAAGCAAACCUGGCAUGUGAACUGCUUCCUGUGUGCGUCCUGCCGCCAGCCAAUCAGAAACAACACGUUCCACAUGGAGGACGGUCUGCCAUACUGUGAAAGAGACUACUACCAACUCUUUGGUACCAGUUGCCAUGGUUGUGACUUUCCCAUUGAGGCCGGGGACAAGUUCCUAGAGGCGUUGGGAUUCACCUGGCAUGAUACCUGCUUCGUGUGUGCUGUCUGCAGCACAAGUUUGGAGGGUCAGGCCUUCUUCUCUAAAAAGGACAAGGCUCUGUGCAAGAAGCACGCGAACACAGUCAAGAUCUGACCCCACCCCCAGAACCACAGACAGAGGAAAGCCGAAAGAAUUUACCCGAUCAGUUGUUGAUAUUUUGGGUUGUUAAAAAAAAAAAGAUUUAUCUGAUAAAUGUUUAUCAGAGAUUUGGUAUUUGGGGUUUAAGCUAGACUUUCUCGUGUGUGUGUGUUGACUGUGUGUGUGUUGACUGUGUGUGUGUGUGUGUGUGUGUGUUGACAGUGUGUCUGUGUGUG